AUGGUCGAGGAUAAGGAGAACAUCGCGUUUACGCAUGGUGGUGAUGAAACUUCGGAUCAUCCCAUGACCCACAUGGAAGGUCUCACGCCAAUCGGACUUGACGGAGGAAAGAUGGGGCAUUUAAAUGCAGCGCCGGCUGAGAAUGAAGCUACGUCUUUGGGCCCCAGUGGAGAUGAUUCUGGUUACAAAAUGGACGUUGUUCCUCCAGCACCAAAACCAAUUGUGGAAGAACCAGCAGCCAAGAACAUGCUUGAAGAACAAAUUCUGGGAACACUUGCUUUGGAUUCAUGGAAGGAGGGCGAUACGGAAGCAAAUGAAGCCAAUGUCGACUUGGAAUCAAUUAUUGGAAGUGGUGAUAAUUUGCAAGAAAUGCUCACUAACUAUUUUACAGCCUUCAACGAGAUUACACGACGAUCUAAUGAGGGGCCGGAUAAAGAGAUGCUAGAUAAUGUUUUGGCACAAUGGGUUCCCUACUUCAGAAACCUUCCUCCUGAAGCCUUUCACGGUCGUACUCCAGGUGGGCAAUUGCCUGGAAUGCAGCUAUCAAGUACGACAACCACAAGUUCAUCCACUACAACGGACACCGCUUCAUCUGAGAUGACAAGCUUUUUCCAUUCCGCCUACGAAAAUCUGAAAAGAAAUUUUUCUGGAGCACCGGUUGCAAAAUCUGGGGAAGUCAAGACAUCUGACAAGAAAGAAGCACCAACUCCAAAGAAAUCGGAUACGCAGACGACAAAAGAACCA